GCCGGCCUCGUUUAUUGGCUCCCAUAGAGGAGGAAGCGUCUUCCCGGAGUCUCUCUCCCUGACUUUUUUCGGAACGCCCACUGGAAACAGCUUCCAGUCUCUGAUGUGACACUUGAAUGCAUAGAUAACCUCGUUGCGUGGUGGGGUAUCUUUUUUUCCCUUCUACCACCACCUCGCCACAAGUGGGGAAGGGGGUCUGUUCUGGAGACGACCGAGCACCGAGAGCCUCCUUCUCUUGGCCGCUAAGCCUUCGGAGGAGGAGGUCGUUCGCGGCUCUUUGCGUGAGAAGUUGACUCGGAGUUCGCCAGGCUUCCCUGCCGGGGAAGAGGAGGAGGGGAAGCUACAAAGUGGGGCAGGGCCCUGAGCCUCCACUCAGCUGGCUCCUUGCUUUUGGAUCACCCUGCCAAAAGAACUACACAGUCCUUUCUUCAGAACUCAUGAACGUCCGGAGCAGUGGCGAAAGAAAGCAGUAAUUGCCCAACAAGCUCCCUUUUCUCUGCCUGUCUUCAAGCAGGAGGUGGUUCAGUCAAUAUGUGAUAAAAUUCUGUCACAGAUAUCCAUGCUGGAAAAGACACUGCCUGAAUUAUCCCAGAGCACCAUAAUGACGGAGGAAGCUUGCAGGACACGAAGUCAGAAGCGAGCACUUGAACGGGAAAUCACCCAAAACGACGUGGACUGUAAAAAGAUGAAAAUGGACAAGGGGCUUCUGGGCGGCCCUGAGGCCAACUCUGAAGGGGGGGACCUUAAGAUAAAGACUGACCCUGGAUCUGGUAGAGUCCAAGGAUUAUUGAAAGGAGGAGAGAUGAAAGCAACAAUCAGAGUGGAGGUUCAGACGGGGGAUGAGCCAGUGGAUAUGAGCACCUCAAAAAGCGAUGCAAAGCGAGAGAGGAGAGUCCCUUCGCCUGAUGUAAUAGUACUGUCGGACAACGAGCCGUCAAGCCCAAGGAUGAAUGGAUUAACCAAAAUAGCAUUAAGAGAGACCAGCGCAGAAGUGCUAAUGAAAAGCAGCCCAGAAGAGCGGGAGCGAAUGAUUAAACAGCUGAAAGAAGAACUGCGGUUAGAAGAAGCUAAACUUGUCUUACUGAAAAAAUUACGACAAAGUCAGAUACAGAAGGAGACAACGGCUCAAAAGCCUGCUGGUUCUUCAGGAAAUGCUGUAGCAACACCUCCCCCGUUAGUGCGGGGAACACAGAACAUUGCAUCCAGCAAGUCAGCCCUUCUACAGAACACUUCUUCACGUAUUCCUGGGACGGUUAUUCCUCCCCCUUUGAUCCGUGGUGGGCAGCAGACGUCUUCAAAGCUGAGCUCUCAGCAGAACACGCAAAUAGUAAUGCCACCUCUAGUCCGAGGAGCACAGCAAAUUCACAACAUCCGCCCGCACUCCAGCUCGGGACCCCCUCCGCUGCUCCUAGCUCCACGAGCUUCCGUUCCCAGUGUGCAGAUCCAGGGCCAGCGGAUAAUACAGCAGGGUCUCAUCCGUGUUGCCAACGUCCCCAAUGCGAGCCUUUUGGUCAACAUCCCACAGGCCUCCCCAACUUCAUUGAAAGGGGCAGCUGGGACGUCCGCCCAGGUGAAUGCUUCUACUGCCACCAGCGUUGCUUCCAUUGUCAACUCUAAUGACUCUCCUGCCAGUCGGCAAGCAGCUGCCAAGUUGGCAUUGCGGAAGCAGCUGGAGAAGACCCUGCUGGAAAUUCCUCCACCGAAGCCGCCAGCUCCUGAAAUGAACUUCCUGCCCAGCGCAGCUAAUAAUGAGUUCAUCUACCUGGUUGGGUUGGAGGAAGUGGUGCAGAACCUACUAGAAGCUCAAGGUAAAGUCUCUGCCAGCCCCUCCUCGCAGGAGCCCUACACGUGCGUCCAGUGCAAGACGGACUUCACCUGCCGCUGGAGGGAGGAGAAGGGCGGCUCCAUCAUGUGUGAGACCUGCAUGUCCUCCAAUCAGAAGAAGGCGCUCAAGGCCGAGCACACUAGCCGGCUGAAGGCCGCCUUUGUCAAGGCCUUGCAGCAGGAGCAGGAGAUCGAACAGCGGAUAUUGCAACAGGCCGCCUCCCCGAUUCAGAGCAAGCCAGAACAGAUAGCCCAGCAGCAUCAUUCGCUCAAGCAGGCUUCCAGCCAGCUGCCCCGAAGUGCCAGCACCCCUCGUGGAGUCUUGCAUGCAUUUAGCCAGUCGCCCAAGUUGCAGAACGCCUCCGGUGUGGCCGUACUUGGUGGCAGGCAAGGUAAGCGUGCUCAGAGACCCAUCGGCAAAGGAGGUGCUUACACUUGGAAGAAGACACCAGUCAACGCAGGCGGGACACUGAACUUCGUUAACCCUAGUCUCACCGUGCACAAAACCUCCUCCUCGGCCGUAGAUCGCCAGCGUGAAUAUCUCUUGGAUAUGAUUCCUCCACGGUCCAUCCCUCAAUCCGCCACAUGGAAAUAACGCAGGAACCUCCGCCCCAAGUGGAAGACUUCAAUUUUUCUAUUUCAUCUUCUGGUUUUUUUUUUCCUUCCCACCCCUUUUGAUUCUGCCAUCCUUUCCCCCGAAACCCCUCCACGCAGUGGAAAAGCCGCUUUCAAGUCUAACUGGAUCUGCCCGUGGAGUUUGCCGGAAGGCUUUUUUAUUUUUUACCUUUUUUUGCCAGCCCCAUCGGGGGCCACUUUGCUUCCUGCUGGAUAGAAAGGACACUCAAAAGGGUGGUAAUGAACGUUAGGCUACCAAAUCCUUGCAACUUUUUUUUUUUUUUUUGGCUGAUGGUUGAGGCCAUCUCUGAGGAGGAUCUCAAUUUAAUAUUAUUAUUUUCUCUGUGUAUUUUGUCUCUUUAGUUUGGGGUUUUUUUUUUUUGAUCAGCACUAGUAUGGAACAAGGAAUUGUGCAAGAGACCCAUGCGCAGUUGCUUCUGGUCUCAGUCCCUUCCCUCCUUACGUCCCUUCUCUCUUUUUAGUUACCAUAGCUGAAUUUUCCUUUGGUUGAUCGUACAAUGAUCGAGGAUGUGCUCCACCCAUUCACAGAAAGCAGAAGUGGGACCUGGCACCAGUGGAAAAAAAUCAGGAAAGGUGGAAUGGUUUCCUCAUGGCCUUGUCUUCUCUAAACCCCAAUGUAGUUCCCAAGGAGGCUGUAUUCUAAAGGAUAACAGGAGGGGUUUGGUGUUUGUUUUGUUUUGUUUUUAAACCAGUAAUAACUUAUAUUACGAGCAAAUGCAAACAGACCUGCCACCGCCAGAGAAAUGGAGCAACUGAACACAGGGCGUGCAUCUUUUUGUUUCUGUUUUUUUUUUUUUAAUAAAUAAAUAGAAUCUUGUUUCAGACAGAUAUUCUGCCCUGGAUAUUUGAUGGUUUAAAGAAUUACUGGACAGUUUAUAUAAAAACAGCUCUAUUGAAUCUCUUCAAUCUGAACAGAAUGAACAGUUUUUUAAAAAAAAAAAAAUAAGAAAAAAUAGUCUGAUGCUCCCAAAGAGAAAAGGGAGCGGUGUGGAGAUGAAUAUUUUUUUUUCUUACAAAAAGCAACAUCUUGAUUGAAUCUCCCUCCCCCUUUUCAUUUUUUUUAGGAAGGUUUUUACUUGGCUAUCUAAGAACAGUGUGCAAUUUAGUUAUGUGGAGCAGAAGGGACCAGAGAAGUGAUCAGUUUUGUGUUUCAAAAAAGAAAUAAAUAAAAACAACACCAUGAGACAGAGUCCACAUCUCUCUUGCUACCAGUUGUUGUGGGGGAAAAAUGGCCUUCACAUAGGUGAACAGUUAUAGAUCUGGUGUCCUCCAUGUGUGUUGGACUUAGCUCCCAUAAUUCCCAGUGAGGAGUUCAGGUAGAGGGUGCCUGGUCCAGAGAAAAACAGGGUCUCUGGCUUACAAGCACAAUAUGGGUGCAAAAAGCUGUUGCCUCUGGUGUGUUCAAUCCCAUCCCUAGAAAUGUAAUUCCCCUUUGCUAGUAGCAUCUCGACUAACAUUUGCUUUAAAUCGCAGUUUCCCCUCCCAUGGCGCCCCCCCCCCGCCGAAUUCAGUUAAAUAUGGAAGAAUCAUCAGUUUUGUUCUUCCCCUUCUAUUCCGUUCUCUUAUUUUUGUUGUAGAGGCAGAAGUACAGACUUUCUAUAACUAUUCAUAAUAGCAUAUUGGUACUAGAUCUAGUACUGAUAUAAGAGUUCAUUGCAAAAAAAUUAUAUAUAAAUAAAUGCAUAUAUAUAUAAAUAUAUAUAUAUAAAUAUAUAUAUAAGACUAUAUAAAGCGGGGUGGGAGGGGAUUAAUACUGUGCAGUCAAACCUUUUUGGGGCUGGGGUCUGGUAUUUUGUUAGCUACAAGUGAGAUACCUAAUUAAAGAACAGACCUAGAAAACAAUGUUGCUGUAUCAGGGAGGGCUCCCUUUUCAAUUAUGGCGCUUGCAUUGUAAUAAAAAAUUCCUUCUAAUUCCCCCUUUUUCCUUUUCUGUAAGCAUGAGUAUUUAGAUUUAAUGUUUUACAGUCUGGUGGAUAACAAGCAUAUAGGGUUUUUUUUUCUGUUCAAAGGUCUUCAAACUGAAUUCUAGUUGGUUUGUCAAUGUUUGUGGUGGGGUCUGCUUUUGUUUGAGCACCAAAGCUAUUGCGUUACUCUGCACCCUCACCUCUGUUUGAAUUUAGUGGGCUUUAAAUGCAUUCUGAUUGAUUUUUCACCCAAAGUUAGGAUACCCUAAUACCAUUUUUCUCUUGCACUUGAGUUCCGUGUAGAAUUUUAUGCCAGUAUAAAGAAUUGGAGUUCCAGUCUCCUAAAGGACCCAUAUCAUUUCCAGAUAACCCCAAGUUUUCCCUAACUGGUCAAAUAGAUUUGAAACUGGUUUGAAGCUGUGGUGUAGAUAUACUUUUAAAUUUCUCUGGCAUUUUCACAGUGACAUCAUCAGUCUGCCUCAGACCUGAUGCGAAUCAGCGUUUGCAUUUCUGUAAUUCCGGCCCUGCUUUUUGUGUAGGAGCUGGGUUACUUAAAAAUCAGGAAGAGUGGGUUUGCCCUUGUGAAGUGUAAGUUGGAGCAAUUUGACCAACAGUUGUGGACCUGGAAAAAAGGAGAGGCGGGGGUGGGGUGGGGGACAAAAUCUCUGUUUCCAAAAGCCAUUUCCUUUUAAUAAGGUGAAAAACCCAGCCAUGUCAGAAAACUCUUUUGAUCGGGUUGGAAAUUUUGGAGGUCCAGAAAAAUAAAUCUUAACUUGAAGUAA